CAUUCCAAACAUGCGAAAAUAAUGGCUUUAGUUUAAGGGCUUGGAGAUUUGCUGGAAAUGUGGACUCUCAUGUGGAAAUGCGAGUGCAGUUUUUUUGGCGAAGGAGGAACCAUCAUCAAGUGAAGGUUUUGAUGCUAUUUUUGAAGGUGAUGUUGAGCCACCAAUAGUUCUAAUUUCUAAUGGAGACACAGCAAGAGCUGGAGUGGGCCGAAGCCCAGAAUAUGUUCUUAAGCGAAGACCUCGUAGCCACGGCUAAACAACAGCUUCUGUUUCUGGCAGAGGUUGAUAGGAAUCGUUGCCUUUAUGAUGGCCCAGUUUUACACAGAGCAACUUACAGGUAUAAAUAUUGUUGGCUUCCUUUACUAGCCAAACAUGCUGAGUCACCAGUGACAGAAGACCCUUUGGUUGUGCCUCUUGAUUGUGAAUGGAUUUGGCACUGUCAUAGGCUUAAUCCGGUGCGCUACAAGACUGACUGCAUGGAACUGUAUGGAAGAAUACUAGGCAACUCGAAUGUGGUGUCUUCAACUCAGGGAACCAGCAAAGAUGAAAGUGAGAAACACUGGGAGACAAUGUAUCCAAGUGAGCCAUAUGAACUUGAUUUGAACAAUGACUCAGUGCAAGAUUUUGCUGAGAAAGUAUUGGAAGCCAAAGAAAGUACCACCACCAACUAUAAUUUGAUUUCAGCAGUUAAAAGACAGACUACUUUCUUCUAUCAGGUUUCCAGGCCUUAUUGGAAUAAAGAUACUUUUCUUGAAGGAGCUGUAGCCAGAUACAAGGGGUUUCUGCAUUUGAUCAAGAGGAACAGAGAAAGGCGUAUAAAUCGCUUCUGUGUUCCAACUUAUGACAUUGACCUAAUCUGGCACUCUCACCAAUUGCAUCCUGCGUCUUACUGUAACGAUCUAGUGGCAAUAAUGGGCAAAGUGCUAGAACAUGAUGACACAGAUUCUGAUAGGACCAAGGGCCAAAAGCUGGAUGUUGGCUUUUCUGAAACUACCACACAAUGGGAAGAGACAUUUGGUUCAAGAUACUGGAGGGCAGGAGCAAUGUACAGGGGUAAUCCACCAUCCCCUCUUACUGUUGACAAGUAUAAAAUAGAUGCUAUACACAACAGUUCUACUCCAUCCAAUAAGACAAACCAGAAUAUGAUUCAGAUUCCACAGAAAAUGCUUGUGCAGGUAAUGCUUGAGAUUGUUGAUGUGAGAAACUUACCAUCCGGGCAUAAAGGCAAGCUAGUUGUAUCCUUCAAGAAGAAACAAGAAGAUAUAGUUUUCAAUACCAAGAAGCAAUUACGUAUUUCCUCAGAGUCACAAGGGAAACAAGUUGCUGUUUUCCAUUGUGAAAGUAAAGGAGAGUUGGUCCUUGAACUCAUUUCACACCCAAGUCACAGCUUUAGAAUAGUAAGGCCAACCAAAGUAUUGGGAAAAACUUCAAUCAAUAUGGAUGAUUUGCAAAAUGUAGCAUCUAAAUUGCCAAUAGAGAAGUGGUUAGAUUUGACAUCUGCAAUCAAUUGGUCAAAGCCCAUUAGCAUUCGCAUUGGCUUGUCUUUAACUCCUCCGUUUUCAGCACCAUAUGAGUUGCACUUUCUUUCCACGCAUCCAUUCAAAGGAAGUUACUUUUCCUUCCUGCUUCCUAGAAAGUUCCAACAAAUAAAAUAUUGGACAAAUGUUGUGGAUGAAGCUGGCAAUGAAAUCAUCAGCAUCCAGAAAGGGAACUUGUCAACUGAGAAGACAAAGAGUAAUAUCAACAAAGAAGUGAUUGGCAGGACUGCAUCUGGUGAAACUCAUCUUCUUGCAGAAUUAAAAGGAACAAUGUGGUCUAUGAUGAACUCUGACUGGAUGUUACAGAUAAAAAAGACCAGCGAUGAAGAUAAACAUGUAUUUGAGCUCACAGGCACUCGGAAGGUGAUUAUUUUUCCAGGUAGAAAAUUGGAGUUUGAAACUAGAUACUAUGGAAAUGAAGAAGGAAAUUGCUUCAUGACAGCAGUAGAAUUCUCUAAAAAAUAUCCUUAUGGAAAAGCAGUAGCUUUGAUGGAUUUGACAUAUGGAUCUCUGGAGAUCAAGGAAGAGUGGCUGGUGUUGCCUGCCAUAUUAUCUGCAUUUGUUCUAUCUAAUUUUCCUGAUUUCAGUCAUCUGCGUGAGAAAGCGAAUGGGACUAAUGCAUAAAAAGAAAAUCAGAAAAGCUGCGGAAAAAUACAGACAUGGGAUCUUGCCAAAUGUUAUGUCUUAUGUCCCUUUCCUCUAGAAAAUUCCCAGAUAGACCACUGGUCCAUAAUUUCGUAGGUGUGUUGUUGGGGUGUUCAACAACACUUUUGUUCAUGCAACUCGCUCGUCUGACAAGCAUAACUAUACAAUAAAAAAUUCAUGGAAGUUUAGACACAUGUGUACGUAGAUGACUUUUCAAGGUACUGCCACCUUGGUAUAACCGGUUCAAGCAUGACACAAACCAUUUGUAGUGUACUUUUCAGUCUAUAAUACCAACUAAUCUAGCUAGCUUAGUCACCUAAUCAUGUACCUGUAAAAAGUGUCGCCAGAAUUUUAAAUUUUAAAUCAAAAUAAUAUAUUUAUAGUUUAUAUA